AUGAGCACGUGGUGUGACGAAAAGCCAGGGUUAGAGGCGUCCGAUAGUGGCUUCUUCGAGAACUUCACAAAUUUGAAAGAAAAUGCUGCCCUUCAGAGACAUUUGACCGUUCGAAGAGUUCAGAGCAAGUCUCAUUCGUCUCCACCCAUCAGCAUCGCUCUUGUCCCUCCUACAUAUGAUGAACCUCAGGCGCCUCUGGAGGAGCUCAGGUCGGAUGUGCUGUAUGCAGUGCGACAUACUCCCGGGAUCUCUGGAGAAACCAGGCAGGGCCUCUAUAAACUCGCUCAAAAGGUUCUUCAAGGAUCAUCCUCUGUCGUCAAUGGAAGUUGGGAUAAAUUUGAGGCAGCAGCGAGUGAACGCAAGGUGAGCUCUAUCUCUCAUAGCACAAGUGAUCCGUAUUGCCGCUUGUACCUAAAUGAAAAAGGAGUUGGGAAUCAAAUGUUCGAAACAGCUGUCAGCAAGAGGACCCUUGAACCAGAAUGGAACGAGGAUGCUACCUUAUUGGGUAUCAAUUGCCAAGAUGACAAUCUGCACGUGGUCGUCAGGGACCAUUCGACAGAAGAUGUGGGCUUGAAAGACUAUUUGAAGCACAUUGAAGAUGUGAACGAUGCCACUGGAUUGGGUCGUUACUUGAGAAGUGUUGCGUCUGUCUGCCGUUCGGUUGUCCCUCACAAUGGGCACGCCCUAAGCGCCGGGAGGAGCCAGUUGGGCAAACUCAUCCUCAAAGUGAAGGAUUUACCGGCAGGGACCACCACGGGAUGGUUUCCGUUGGAAUACAAAGGGUACAAGGCUGAGAUAAGACUGAGCAUUCGAUUGAAUGCGCAAUGGACACCAGAGGGGAUGGCAUGGCCUUCACUUGGACUUGCCCGUCUCUGGAAUCUCUGCAUUCAAAAUGAACUCGAGUCUUGCAAGGGACCGUCAUACCUUUGGCCUGGUGUGCUAUCGUCAUUGACAUCGAGUUUGUUGAGGAACUGUGCAGCCGUUUGGGCCAUGUCCCGGGCGCAGGAAAAGUUAGCGACGUGGCUGGGUCAUUGGCAAGUUCAGGAAUCUGGCCAAAGCCUGGAUUUCGUUCUUCUCCAUCGACUUCUAGAGGAAUUCCCGUCCUCACGAGAGAGCAGCGAACUCUCGGAUAUGGAGGUACGUCUGCACUGUAACACCUCGGUCCACAAGGAUCACGUGAUAAGAUACUUCCGGUACUUGGACAGGCUUCAUCGACUCUUGAGCGACUGGAAAGUCGACAUCGGGGAAAAGAAAACCAAAAAAGAGGCAAUCGAAGAAGCUCUCCAUACUGGCAACGAGCAAUGGUACGAGUGCUUGAAGGCAUCGGCAGAAUGCGAAGCCAGUUCCAAGGCGGAGGAAAAAGUUCGAUCAUUGAGGAUGUACAUUGACAUCAUCAGCAUGGCCAAUGCAGAACUACACGAUGAGCGGAAUGCGUACCACGAUGUCUUUCUCCAAUACGCAGACAUCCAUUACUGCGACAUUGCAUUCUUGGACUUCCAGGAACAGCUGACAGAGGAUGUGAAGCCAGUGAUCAGAGACUGGUGCGAUCAAUUGGAAUUCGGCACCACACAGCAUCGUUUGUCUUCCGUAGGAUUGGAAAUGGAGAAUCCUUAUGAUUCUAACGAUGCCGGAUCUGAAGUCUUUGAGCUCUAUCUUGCUAUUCAGACCCUUCUCAGAGAGAAACAGCGGUCAUGUGGGAAGAGCCUAGAUGACUCAGUCUGCGGAUUAAUGCAUUACUACAAGUGGUUCAGCCCCGCUAUUUACGGUUGGGUGGAAAUAGCACGGAGUAAGGCUCGACAUCGCAUCAAGAAAGCCGUGGCCCUUGAUUCCUGGGAACCUUUAGACGAAAUUGUUCUUCACUCGAUGUCUGCCGUCAAUACCACAAACGUUUUCCACAGUAUAACUGCCUUCUGGAAGCAACUCGCCUGGCCAGAUGACCAAAGUGGACUCGCAUUUGUCUGCCAUGUUCUCAAGUGCAUUUGUGACUGUGCCGUGUUCUAUGCGGACGAAGUGGCUUUCGCGGUCAAGGAAGGAAACUACUUCUGCACUGACAGCGAUUUCAGAAUCUCCAACAAAAUGUGUUGGGCGUUGAGCAGCGUCGAGCACGUGCGGUGUUCCCUGAGCAAAGUGCCCCGUUGGUUGGAGCCGGAUCCGAAAGAUCCGCACGGUAAAAAGAAACCGGCUGCAUCGGGGAAUGUGGAGCUGCCAUCCGAGAUGAAUGGAAGCCUCCUGCGGAAUCUGAAGGAGAUCCAAGAUGCCAGGAGUAAAGAACGGCGCAUCACACCGUUUUCCGUCGGCUCUUCCACAGCUGCUGAAGAGGAGAAAGAAAUAGAAGAAGAGAUCUUGGACUCUCAGAAACAUUUGCAGGAGCUGACCAAGACGGAGGACGCUGUGAAAAUGUUCUUAGAAUAUGGAUCCGAUCGCAUCGUGGAGACCGUGGGAAAACUAAUCAAUGACCUCGUGGAGAAGGCCAAUCAAGUCCUAUGCGAGUACGUUCGAAGCGCCUGCGAUUUGCCGUUGGAGAACGAAAGUAAAGUGGAAGCCAAAGCUCAUGCUGUGGCUCUUUAUGUGGAUGCUACCUUGAAUCGGUGUCGCUCCAAUUUACCUGAAUCUGUCUUCCAGAACUUUCCCCUUGCUAUUUGGACACAACUUUUGAAGACCUCCCUGUCCGACCUUCAACAUUCAGUACGGAAUCCACUGGUUCUGGCAAGAACCCUCGAAAUGGUUCAUGGACAAUGUUUACUUGACGAGAAACCAACAGAGGAGGUGGAAGCCCUCCUCCAGAUCCUCCGUUUGCGAUGCCAGUCGACUCCCCGCCUGAUACUGAACUAUUACAGAGCACGAUGGGAAACUCAGAAAGAAAUCACUCCACCAGGAGAAUUGGGAGCCCUGACAAUCCAAGCUUACAUCAACAACACAACCCUUCACGCUCUUCUCCUCAAUGGUAGAGGACUACGCAGUCCUCGCAAGAACAACAAUGAUCCAGAUCCUUACGUCUCGCUUCAAGUACAGGGAAGUUGGAUGCAAGGUCAGAAUCAGGAUAAAGUGCGCACCGUAGUUCAAAAGCAAACUAGGUUCCCCAUCUUUGACCACGCCUUCAACAUUGAGAUUCCUGAUGGAGAUAUUGAUGAGACCGUGAUGGUGUUCACGGUAAGGGACAAGCAACUUUCCCAUAACAUGCUGAUUGGUGAAGCUGUUCUACCUCUCGAGAAGCUCUCAAGAGAUGUCACACAAGAGGAACGUAAAUCUUUGCCUCAAAUCCAUCUCCCACUUACGCUUCCUGGAAAUCCUCCAAUCCAUGGUAGGUUCUCUCAGAAGACUGAGGCUUAACUAUGUUAAGGAACGAAAUAACGUGAAUUCCAUCUCCAUAUACCUACGCAACCAGAAAGAAAAAUCCUGGAACUUCUGGAACAACGGGGAGAUAGUGAAGCCAAGCAAUUUAUAGAAAAAGUUCAAGCACGCAAGAAGAGUGCUACAGCCAAUGCGAAGGCUCUGUUAUUUGGCCGAAAGAAGCACAGAUUCCUCUGGAAAUGAAGACUCUAAGACUUUGAAGUGCUGAUGAUUCUUAUGAGUGUUCAUUUCAGUAGCUGCAAUGCUGGUGGCUGAAAAUUGCAAGCAAAUAAAUAUCAUUUUCAUUAAA